UUACUAACCUAAUGACACCCAACUUGCAUAUGCUCACUUGUUCAAGAAACUAACAAAACAAGACAAAUUCUCUCAACCACUUCAUGUUAAUUUGUUAUACUAUACUUCCCUAUGUCCCAUUGACUUAUUAUUUUAUUUUUUUUAAGUCUAUACAUUUCCACCCAUCUUCCCUCCUUUCAAAAUAUUUUUAAUUUUAUGUAUAUAUAUUUGUAUAUUUCUUAUCCACCUUUUGAAAAAAAAUAUUAAAUGCCCGUUACCACUAUCUCAUCAUCAUUUUUCCUAGCCACAAUAUCUUUGUGUACCAACCUUGGCCUCUCUUCUAGCCAUAUCCGCCAUGGACAAUCCGGACUCCCAGGGCGGUAGCCGACCGCCUCGUAAAGAGCUACAAGGCCCAAGGCCGACACCCUUGAAGGUUAGGAAAGAGUCACACAAGAUCAAAAAACCACCGGUGGCGCCACCGGCUAAUCCGCCUCAUCAACACCAACAAGUACCAUCUCAACCACCACCGCCGCCACGUCAGCCUGUGAUCAUAUACACCGUGUCUCCUAAGGUAAUCCAUACACACCCUAGUGAAUUUAUGACACUUGUUCAACGGUUAACGGGCCCCGAUGCCACCUCAUCAUCAUCAUCUUCUACACAAUAUCCUUCUAGUAAUUUUACUACUACUACUUCAAGUAGUAGUAGUAAUAUUGUUACUGGAUUUUCUUCUACUACUACAAGUCAUCAUCAUGUAAUAACGGGGGGUGUGUCGCCGGCAGCUAGGUUUGCUAGCAUCGAAAGGACGAAAAUGCACCCAGAAGCAAAGAGAAUGGUUGGUCAAAGUGAUGUUAUUAGAGAACAAGGGAUAACUUUUGGUGUAGGUGGCGACGGAGGUGGUGGUGGUGGCGGCGACAUGGAAGGGGUAGAAAGAACCGUGUUUUUUCCGGGGAUAUUAUCCCCCGGACCGAGUUCGUUACCACCGAUUUCACCAAACUUGUUUUCACCCUUUUUUCAUGAUCCAAAUAACCUAAACCUACAACAACAUCAUCAUGACUUGAGUGUUGUACAACAUGGGAAUAAGAGUUUUAUCGAAGGAAGUUACUUACCUAGCCCCUUUUCGACAAAUUUUACUUCUCCUAGUACCAUCUUUUCCCCUAAUUCUCUCGAUUUUUUGCAACGCGUUUUAGAUAAUUGAAUAUGUUACAAGGAAAAAAAAAUUAUACAUUUGUAUUUGAUGAUUUACUUUAAAAAUUUCCAUGUUUAGUUAGAUCGAUAUGGAUUUGAUUUUGAUUGUAUUGAAUUAGAUUACAUUCAUUUGGUGCCGAAAAUCAAUAAAAAAAAUAAUAAUAAACAUUAUUGGUACAGUUUAAUCAAGACAUAAAAAGAGGAAAUUUAAUUUAUAUAAAAAUAAAUAAAUUAUUACUCUUUUUAUGUUUGAAUUUAUUUUUAGACAGCAUUUAAUUGUGAUUUGGUACUGUGUAUUAUUGUACAAUUGUUCAUGUCAACGUUGAUAUUGCAAUUACCACUUUUAUAUCAACGUGUAGGGUUGUGUUACUUGUGUACAAUUUAUUUACAAGUAAUAAAUGUAGGUAGGUAGAAGCUAUCUAAGAUAUCCUAAUUUAUUUAAUUAUUUAUCUAUUUUCAAUGUUUUAUUUUUUUUGCUUAAUGUGGUAUGCAUAUUAGCAUUAUAUUAUUUUGAUAGACAGUAUUUUCGUCAUUCAUGUUGUCAUCAUCAACAUUCAAGAGGAUGCUUGUGAAGACAGUUAGCUUGCCAUGGUAAGUUGCUUUGAAUAUGACUUUUGAUUUAGCUCCAAAAAAAAAAAUUGAUGAUUGAUUAUGUUUUUUGUUUAUUUCUUCCAUUCUUCGACUUGAUAAAUGAUUCAAACAUAUUUAGAAGUCAACUUUGUUAUUAUUUGUAUA